UGGAUCCUGCCCAUUUCCCCAGAGGGGGCAUCCUGGUGCCAGGCAGUGUCAACACUGCAGCACGACCUUUGGGUCAAAGAUUAGGUUUUGAAGUGGGACUUAGGCAGGUUAUUCUUUUUCUUAGCACAGCCAAAUAGUUCCCCAUUAGAACAUUUUUGCUUUUGAGAGAUAAGGGUUUUAUCCUCGGAUAAGAAAUAUUGUCCUAUUAUCAAGCUCUGUAAUAGCUGUUAGUGGAAAUAGACCAACCGGCUUUAAUUAGAAUAGUUCUUCAUGCUAAUGGCAAUGUGUUUGCACUUGGAAGUAUAUAUUUAUCAGCUAAAUGGUAAACAAUUUAAUAACUAUUCUAUAGGAAUUUGAUUCCCCUUCCUUUUAUUUUUGCAGUAUUAAUUUUUAUUUUCUCCUAUUUAGCACUGCUAAGAGAGUGUUUGUAAAAGAAAUGUUAGUUCCUCACAGCCUGCUUUUUGCUUCUUCAUCUGUCUAUCAACCAGUCAAUCAAUCAUAUUUGUAAUGAGCGUGGUAUCAAAGCACCAAAAUUCUAAGAGCCAGAAUCUGCCAUCUUUACUGGAGUUAAGUGAUGCCUUACUCUCUGAAUAUCUCCACUAAAAUCAAUGGGGCUACUUGUGGAGGAGGCCCUAUAUUAUAAAAAGAAAAAACUACCUUGUACACUGAUUCAGUGACAGUAACUGUUUCUUUCAUAUAAGAAGAGUUACCCAGAUGAUGCACUGCCAGAUUGUGAGUGGCUGCUGGUCAUCAAAAGUAGAUACACAGACAGUGAAAAUGUAUUUGCGCUCUUAGAAGAUUUAAAACUUUAAAAAUGACUUUGGCAGCUAUCGUGUUUGUAAGAGAGUUUAGCUGGACUGAGUAUAACUCAAAGGAAUAUGCAGCAGGUUGAGCUGCAUCUGUAGAUAAAUUACAGAACAUUGAAAGUUGAAGAGCUGUGUUUUAGUGUAUACUCUGAUCCAUGAGAACGGUGUAUUGGUUAAUGGGGCCUGCUCGCUGGAAAGAGGUUUUCCCUGUUGCUAAUGGAGACCGUCAGUCCCCCAUUGACAUCCAAACUGAAGAAACCAAAUAUGACCCUGCUCUACCUCCUAUUAGCCCUAACUAUGAUCCAACUUCUGCUAAAGUCAUCCUCAACAAUGGACACUCCACAAGUGUAGAAUUUGAUGACACAGAAAAUAAAUCAGUGCUGAGAGGGGGACCACUCACUGGAAGCUAUAGGCUGCGCCAAAUUCACUUUCAUUGGGGGGCCAGCGAUGACAUUGGCUCUGAGCAUGCAGUGGAUGGAAAGAAGUAUGCAGCCGAGCUUCAUGUGGUUCACUGGAACUCGGACAAAUAUUCCACUUUUGUUGAGGCUGCUCGGCAGCGGGAUGGAUUAGCUGUCAUGGCAGUAUUUCUAAAGAUUGGUGAAUGUAACUCUCAGCUGAAGAAAAUUACUGACCGUUUGGAUGCCAUUAGAGCCAAGGGUAAACAAGCACUGUUCACAAACUUUGACCCUUCCUGUUUGCUUCCUCACUCUCUGGACUACUGGACUUAUCUUGGCUCUCUUACUGUUCCACCUCUUCUUGAAAGUGUCAUCUGGAUAAUUCUCAGAGAGCCUAUAAGUGUUUCCUCUGAGCAGCUAGCCAAAUUCCGCAGCCUUCUGUGUACUGCUGAGGGAGAGGCAGCCUGCUGCAUGCUGAGAAACUACCGGCCACCGCAGCCUUUAAAGGGACGGGAAGUCAGAAGGAAUUAAGGAGUAAAGCAAGAAUCAGCCACUGCUGAGACCACUUAGGAGGCUGAAUUAUUUUUUAAUAAUAAUAUAUUUUGUGCCUAA